GCACAGCACAGUGAUAUUUGCCAACAACUAUGUGGCUUUCUUUGGCAUCAGCUGUUUGCCUUUUGGGCGUGGUGUGGGGCCAUGCUGCCCUCUACGAACCUCCGGGCAGGUCCUCCAUGUGGAGGUUUGGCUUCAAUACUGUGAAAAAUUACAACGAUGUUGAGCUGUACUGCGGAGGAAUAACCACUUUGUGGCAAAGAAACAAAGGCCAAUGCGGAAUCUGCGGCGAUGCAUGGAACCUUCCAGAGCCAAGACCUAAUGAAGAUGGCGGCACGUACGGAAAGGGAAUCGUUGUGCGAACCUACAAGGCAGGUCAGCAAAUCACUGCUAAGAUCAACGUGGUUGCCAAUCAUUAUGGCUACUUUGAAUUCAAGCUCUGCCCAGUGAAACCCGGAGUGAAAGCAGACCAGGCUUGCCUGGACCAGCACCCCAUUGCUCUGGCUGAUGGUUCUGGAAAUCGUUUCAAUUUGGGAGCCAGGAGAGGAAUCGUUGAAGUUCCUCUGAAGCUGCCAGCAGGCUUGAAAUGCGAAAGAUGCGUCUUCCAGUGGCACUGGAGAGCAGCAAACAACUGGGGCAUUUGUGAAGAUGGAAGUGGAAAGAUGGGAUGCGGACCACAGGAAUAUUUCAGAGGAUGCGCUGACGUCAAAAUUGAAUAAAAAAUAUUUACGAAAACCUAAAAUACAUUUCUAACUCUUUUCUUAGUUGUAUAAUUUUGUGUAACUGUUGUUUGUAAACGUUUAGUUUGAAAGCAAGACUUCCGAUUAUAAAAAAGCUACUUAAGUUUCUUUCCCCCUUUGUAAUGCUUGCAUCUUUUUAACUUUCAUGUAUGACGGACAGCUAAGUGUAAGUAAAUAUUACUGUUAUUUAA